ACCGGCAUGUUUCACACCAAGAGUAAUGAGAAAGGGUGUUUCCCCAACAAUAAAGAACAUAAAACGACCAUCAUGUUGGAUCGCUCCGUCCCGCGAAGCCAUAACGAGUCCUUUAAAUACCUAGUUAGUGUGAUGAUUGCCGUCGUUUCAUCUCCGCGGAAUGAUGUCGUUGUCGUGCCCUCUUGAUUGUGUUCCUAAUUACAUGUCUUCUUUCCGGAAAACGCACAGGUAUCGCUUAGUGACCUGUCUGAUUUCUGGAUUUCGUUAACCAGCGAUAAGAAUGGGGAAUAUCCUAAUUUUGUUAGGAUAUAUAUGCAUUCUGCGGAGUAUAGCAAGGGCACAAAAAUCAUGCGAAUCAAAUUUCAUGAACACCUCCCGAAUUUGUGUAUCCGGACAUACUUCCGGUGAUCUGGUGAUGUUUGAUUUUUCUCCAUUCGAAUCUGCUCGAGCGCCAUCUUGCGGCUGUACAAUAUACAUCGCCGCCGGAAAUCGUUUGGAAUUUAAUUACGUCUUUGCACCAGGUUACUAUGGAUGUGGCUCCGCUAUAACGAUAACUCAUCAGACCAUGUCCACCAUCCGAUGUCUGCAGGGGGCGGAAUCUGUCACUGUAGCGCCUGGAGAUUCCGUCAUGGUUCAGAUAUAUCGGGAAAUGGAAAUCUUCGAUUCAAAAUACUGUUACCUAUUACGCGCAUAUCAGUUAAGUGGUCAAGACAGGAUCCCUGGGUCUAUGAUUGUCGUAUGUAGCCAACCGCCACUUCCUUCUACCACAACACAAAUCGCCACCACAGCUACCAGUACCACAGCACACCACCGCCACACCACCAGUGACGUCAUAACCUCACCAGCAGAAAGCAUAUCAACUGAAAUUCAUAACAGAUUUACGACAUCUCGAUCCUCGGGUGUCGUAAACAUCACCAGCACAGUUCUAGUCUCCACCUCAGAAGUAGGGGUGACGGUUGUGUCCAAUACCACUGGGAAGAUUGGAACAGGCGAAAUUCAACACGCCGAAAACAGAGAGCUGGCCCACUUUCCAUGGGAGAUAAUUACACCUCUCAGUAUCAUUAUAUUUAUCGUCAUUGUUGUCAUCAUCGUCAUCUUCAAGAUCAGAAGACGGCGAUAUCUCAAAUCCACGUACAAGCCAGCUGAGACAAGGACGACAAGCUGGGCAUUCAAUCAGCCAUCACUCAACGUGUCCUCUCCAAAAACAUCAACAAGCUUGAAGACAAGGAUAGAGAAGACAGACAGCGGUGUGUAUUCUACACUGGGGGACAACGACAAACGCUCAACAGAAUCAGUCCAUAAAGCCACAGAAAAAUACUACAAAGAAGUCAGCAUCGAUCAAGCAAUCGUUGAUUCUGAGGCCAAGAAAAAGAGAGAACAGGAAGAAAUGGGGGUGAAUAACGCAGGAUUCACCGACGACAAUAUUCCAAUGGAGGAUUCUCCGAAGGUUAACCGUUCGCAUGAAUCCUCGGAAAGCGAUCUGGCCAACUUUAUAAGUAAUAUGUAUGCUGAGGACUCUAAGAAUCAGAAUUAUUUUCUGGAAUAUAACGAACAGAAUAUCUCUCAAGACCAAACUUCUGAAAACUAUUUCAAGGAUCCAAAUGUCUCAAACUAUGAGCAGUCUGAGCAUGCGUCACAUGUAGCAGAGGAACAGGAAGUAAUUCCGCCACUUCCUAUCGAUACUGGCUACGUUAUCAUUGAUGUUCUAGCAAAAAUCUAGUAAUAUGUUUUAAAUGAAUAUAUACCAUCAUCUGGAUGUUUUCAAUAGCACUUCAAGUUGUACACCUGGAUAACUGAGACUGUUCACGCACAAUUCAAACACAUGGGGAUGUUUCCAUUUCCUCUGACUAUUUCACUAUGUACUUAAAGCUGUUUUAUUAUAGUGCAUCUGGAUGAGUAUUUCCAUUGUGAAUUCUGAUAUCCUCAGAAAAUGUUCGAUUGCAUGAAAUCCUGCAAUCCUUGGAUCUUUUAAAACACCUACAUGUUUGUGAUUUACAUGUAUCACAUUUCCUAAAGCAUUGACAUUUUAUACAGCGGACGGCAACGACUACAGAGGAGGUGGGGAAAGGAGGACAUUAUGUUUCCAUUCUAUCUAUCAAACACUCUUUGGUCACAUAGUUCUUUCAGAAACUUAUCACUCCAUACAGAGAACAAACUGCUCGUUGGAUAACUUUACAUAUAAGUAUACCGGUACAUACGAGUAACAAUUGUACAUUUGUUCCUGUCUUUAACAAUAUUUUAAAGGAUUCAAACCGGUGAAUUUGUCCCGCGGUUUCUGAUUUAUGUUUUGGUUGCUUCCAAAAAAAAUCAAUUAAUGUACAUUUUGUCUUAAAGAAUUGUAACUAUCCUCAAGAAGAAUUGAUUCACUUUUCUUCUUAUAUGUCAGAUUGGCCCACAAUAAGAUGGAUUGAUUGUGUAGUGUUUAACAUCCCUCUUGAGAAUCUUUCACUCAUACGGAGGCGUCACCUCUUCCGGUGAAAGGCUGCAAAAUUUAGGCCUAUGCUCGGCGUUUACGGUCUUUGAGUAGGGAUGGAUCUUUCCUGCUGUGACGAGGGGCCUCGGUUUUUAAUGUCUCAUCUACAAUAAAAGCAUAAAGCAUUGUUACAUAUUGAUAUAUAUGUUCAGAAAAAAAACAUCUAUAUAACUUCUAGUGAUCAAGUAUACCCCAUAUUAUUCGCCCCUCCCAUUUCAUAGCAAUGGACUAGUUCAUGUGUGUGUGUGUGUGUGUGUGUGUGUAAAACUGAACUUGUAGACACUCUACAGACCACAUUUUAUGCUCGAUUGAUUUAAUACUUCAUAUGUGGCUUUGUUAUCAAGAGAAGGAAAAUACCAAUGAUUUGGGGGUCAAAAGGUGAAAUGUCAAGGUCAUUAAGAAACUUCAUAGAAAAGGCUUGUAGACUUUCUACAAUGCACAUUUCGUGCUCUAAUGAUUUAAUACUUUGACUACGGAUUACUCCGUUUACCUCAUCAGGAUAUAGGGCUCACGGCGGGUGUGACCGAUCGACAGGAGAUGUUUACUCCUCCUAGGCACCUGGUCCCACCUCUGGUGUGUCCAGGGGUCCGUGUUUGCCCAAUUAUCUAUUUUGUAUUGCUUGUAGGAGUUAUGAGAUUGAUCACUGUUUCGUUAUCUUCA